AUAUGCAUUUAUAACUUAAAACAGUGAAUGGGUCACAUGUCAAUCAAGUUAAGGCAGUGUGGGAUGCUUCGUGUGUUUCGUGAGUGCAUGUAGCUGGUUUGGCAUGCAGUGAAAGGGUUAAAAAAAAAAAAAAUCAUAAACCAGGAUGCAGUGUUGCACUGUUGACUCUUGGGUGCGCUGUAGACCAGAGUGUUGUUGGAUGGGAGCAGUCCAUCAUGCAGCUUUAAAAAACACACACAUAACGGACAGGACUGGAGAAGAACGGAGCUUUUUCUGCCUGAUAUAGAACAUUAUGGUCCUGAAAGCCAUUUGUUUCAGCAAAAAGUGGAUUUUAUUCGACAUUUGACUGUGAGAAUUGUCUGUUUUUGUGGAUUAUAAGCAAAGUGGAUCUCCGCUUGUGCGAAUUGGACAGAACAAUGAACGGGCAAGUACUCCUGUUUGUGUGUCUCUGCGCCCUCGACGCAGUGCUCGGCCAGGCGAGCUACUCCAUCCCAGAGGAAAUGACCAGAGGGUCUUUAGUGGGCAACAUAGCACAGGAUUUAGGUCUGGAAAUACGACGUCUGAUUGCUGGCAAAGCAAAGAUCUAUUCCAGGAACAAUGAAGAAUACGUCGAGCUGAGCCGUGAAAAGGGCGUCCUCGUCGUCAAAGAGAGGAUCGACAGAGAGGAGCUGUGCGCACACACCGCUCUCUGUGCGCUGCAUUUUGAAAUCGUACUGGAGAAUCCGAUGGAAUUUUACAGCGUUAUUGUGCAGAUUACAGACAUCAAUGAUAAUGUGCCAAGCUUUGAAAAAAACGAAAUGGAAUUUAAAAUAAGCGAGUCAGCAACAAUCGGAGCAAAAUUUGUCCUAGAAAGGGCGGUGGACUUUGAUGUGGGAAAUAACGGCAUUGAUAAUUACGAAUUAAAACCAACCGAUCAUUUUGCUCUUAAAUUACAAAAUAAUGCGGAUGGGAAUAAGAACGUGGAGAUGGUUUUACAGAAGCCUUUAGACAGAGAGAGGGAGGAGCAGAUGUCUCUGGUGUUAACGGCUGUAGAUGGAGGAGAACCGCGCAUGUCAGGAACAAUGUUGAUACAUAUUACAGUGUUAGAUGUUAAUGAUAAUGCCCCAAUUUUUACACAAACUACAUACAAAGCUGCUGUUACUGAAAAUUCACCCACAGGUACGAUUGUGGCUACUGUCACUGCCUCUGAUGCAGAUGGAGAAUUUAACUCUAAAAUAUCUUACUCAAUAACCAACACACUGGACAAUGUUAGGAAAAUAUUUACAAUAAAUAAGGAAAGUGGACAGGUUUCCUUAAUUGGAAAUAUUGAUUUUGAAAAGUCGAGACAUUUUCAAAUUAAUUUACUUGCAAGUGAUGAUGGAGGACUCACAGAUUCUUGUAAGUUGAUUGUAGAUGUACAAGAUGUAAAUGACAACAAACCUCAAAUCAAUAUUAUGUCAAAAUCUAAUGUGAUAUCAGAGGAUGCAGAAAUCAAUACUGUUGUUACUAUGAUCAAUAUACAAGAUAUAGAUUCUGGAGAAAAUGGAAAUGUGAAUUGCUUCGUCAACGAAAAUAUGCCAUUUAUUCUAAAAACCUCAAAAAACAAUUUCUAUACUUUAGUGACGGACAGUGAAUUAGACCGAGAGAGGUCGAGUGAGUAUAACAUCACAGUGAUGUGCUCUGAUGAGGGAGUGCCCUCCCUCUCCAGCAGCGUCACUCUCACCUUACACAUCUCAGAUGUGAACGACAACGCACCUGUCUUUGAGAGGAGCUCAUAUGAGGCCUCCAUUGUAGAAAACAACACUCCGGGUCUUUCUAUAUUCACAGUGAAAGCCAGAGACGCUGACUGGAACCAGAACGCUCGCCUCUCUUACAUGCUGGAGGACUCCUCUGUUAACGGAGUGCCAGUCUCCUCAUAUGUGUCUGUUAGUGCUGAUAGUGGAGUCAUCCAUGCAGUGCGCUCUUUUGACUACGAGCACCUGAAAGAGUUUCAUUUCCGUGUCAGAGCUCAGGAUGGAGGUUCUCCUCCUCUCAGCAGCAACGUGAGCGUCCGCAUCCUGAUCCAGGACCAGAACGACAACGCCCCCCAGGUCCUGUACCCGGUCCAGACGGGCGGCUCGGUGCUGGCUGAAAUGGUGCCUCGUUCAGCAGAUGUGGGCUACCUGGUGACUAAAGUGGUGGCUGUUGAUGUGGACUCUGGACAGAACGCCUGGCUCUCCUAUAAAGUGCACAAAGCCACAGACAGGGCGCUGUUUGAAGUGGGCCUACACAAUGGAGAAAUAAGAACUGUCCGCCAAGUCACUGAUAAAGAUGCUGUCAAACAAAGACUGAGUGUUCUAGUGGAGGACAACGGGCAGCCCUCUCGUUCAGCUACAGUCAUUGUUAACGUGGCGGUGGCGGACAGCUUCCCUGAAGUGCUGUCAGAGUUCACUGACUUUAGCAUGCACGACAAGGAGUACAAUGACAAGCUGACUUUUUACUUAGUCUUGGCUUUGGCUGUAGUCUCCUUCCUCUUCAUCACCUGCUUGCUGCUCAUCAUAUCAGUCAAAGUGUACAGGUGGAGACAGUCUCGCGUCCUCUACCACUCCAACCUCCCUGUCAUUCCAUAUUAUCCACCACGUUACUCAGACACUUUGGGGACAGGGACUCUCCAACACGUGUACAAUUACGAGGUGUGCAGGACCACCGACUCCAGGAAAAGUGACUUUAAGUUGGACGGAGCUGCUAGUCACAACGUGCUGGUGAUGGACCCCAGUUCUACAGGAACCAUGCAGAAGAUACACAGUGAAAGGAACAUUUUGGAUGAACCCGACUCUCCUUUAGAGGUUAGUUUAAAAUAAUUGGAAUGUGGAAUGUUCUUUUUGGAAUUGUUUAAAUGAUGUUAUUGUCACCCAUGCUACACUCUCAUUUUAC